AUGGCAGAAAAAUUAAAGCAGCAAAGAGCCAACACUAAAAAAAGCAUGACACGAAUUAAGAAUUAUAUUGAAUCCGCAAGGAAUGAGGGAAAUGUACUUCCACAUGCUGAACUAAAAUGUCGCUUAGCGAUAUUAGAGGCUUACUUCAAACAGAUAUUGACCACGCAAUCGAGCAUCGAGGCCUUAGAUCCAGAAGAUAAUUGCCGAUCAGAUUUGGAGGAGCUUUACAUCAAUGCAAAGAUGGCUAUUCAAUCGCAGUUGGGAGACGAGUUCCACAAUACAUCAAUAUCUGAUGGUAACAUCACCAUCCACCAAUCAACAUCGAAACUACCACCGUUACAAUUACCUUCAUUCAAUGGUAAAUAUUCCGAAUUCAAGAAUUUUAUAACGACAUUUACCCAAAUCAUUGAUCGAGAAUCAACUUUAUCUAAUCUGGAAAAGUUUAAUUAUUUGCUGACUUGUCUGCAUGGCCCAUCGUUAGAAACGGUCAACGCGUUUCAAGUCACAAAUGAAAAUUAUUCAAAGGCUUUAAAUAGAUUGAAGGAUAGAUAUGACAAUCCAACGCUUAUUUUUAUGGAAAACGUAUCAGCCCUUUUCGAUCUUCCUGGUACGUCCAAACCAGAAGGUGAUAAAUUGCGAAGUUUAAUCGAUACUGCGUCAACAAUUUAUAGUUCACUGCUAUCAUUGGGUUCGGAACGUGACAUUGCACAAGCAAUGUUGAUUCAUAUUGUGAUGCAAAAGUGUGACGAAGGGACGAGAAGAAAGUGGAAGGAAUCGUUGGAUUUCAAAAGGUUGCCAUGUUGGAACGAUUGUAGUGCCGUUUUAGAGAGACAUUGUCAAUAUCUUCAAUCUCUGGAUAAAACGUCUCCUUGUGUAUCAGAUGUGCACACCAAUGAUAAAUUGUCAAAAAUAAAAAAAUCUCACAAAGAUUAUGCUUUUUCUUGCACUAAAUCUUCUUGUAUAUUUUGUUCAAGUGCGAAUCACAAGCUCAAUGGCUGUGAACGGUUUGAAAGUUUAUCAACUGCACAACGUUUUGACACUGUAAAGCGAUUCACACUGUGCAUCAAUUGUUUAUCAAAAGGACAUCAACGUUCUAACUGUCCAUCAACUUAUAGUUGUAAGAUUUGUUCAGAUCAACAUCACACCUUGUAA